AUGCCGGGUGAAGCGGUGCCGGGCGAUGCGGUGCCGGGUAGUGCGGUGCGGGGUGAUGCGGAGCCUCAGAGGAAGCAAAGAAAGCGAAGGAAGCGCUACAAGGAGUACUUGUGGGAUCGAAGUUAUGAAAUGCCGGGGCGCACGAAGCGCAGAUUAGACAAGGGAAAUGCAGUUGGAAGCGUCGCUGGCGCCAGUGAUGCUGCGUCCCCUCCUGCAACCGGAGAGAACUCAGCGGCGUCAAACGACAUGCACGGUGCAAAUGACGCGAUGCAGACGACCCCUUCAUGCGACGCCACUACUACAGAAUCCUCGAGUGGUGACGAGAACAUCCCUCCCACCGCUACUAACGCGGUGCCGAGCACACCACCGAACAGGGACGACGGUGCAGACUCAUCGAGCAGCGAGGACGGUGCAGACUCAUCGAGCAGCGACGAAAGUGUCCUUCCUGCAGCUAGUGAGACUGGCUCAGUACCGUCAGAAAUCAGCGAACUGGAUGACAAGCUCUAUCCUGGCUGCCGAAUCAGCCAAGGUGAAAGCCUCCUGCUGGUAAUGGGCCAUAGCCUGCGCCACCAUGGUACAAAAGAAGCGACUGAAAGCCUGCUUCAGGUGAUUGAAGCACACCUGCCGGAAGGAACGUCGUUUCCAAUGUCGAAGUACCUCUUUUAUAAGCAGUUUUCAGGGUGUAAAAAGCUAGCUAAGCUUCAUUUCUACUGCCCAGACACUAUGCUGUAUCUUGGUGCUCCUAAUGAUGAGGACACUGACAUCCUCUGUUCUGAUUGUGAAAGCAGGCACACAAUUUCGAACUUGACAAAAAAUGGCACUUUUUUUAUUACACUUGACAUUGAAAGUCAGUGCCGUGACAUCCUAGAGGAUCCAAAAAGCUCAGUGUUGCUAAAACCGAAGAAGGUGUCGCUUGAUGUUGGGGACAUCACAUUUAGCAAGGCCUACAAUGAGUUGCCCCUGACACCAAGCGACAUCAGUUUCACAUGGAACACUGAUGGUGUACCUCUGUAUGAAUCAUCGAAGUUCAGUGUCUGGCCCCUGCAGCUGCAGAUGAAUGCAGAGAAAGCAGAGCGCAAUGCCACACCAUGCCGUGGCAUUAAAGGCGUGUCUGUUCUCCUGCUCCUAGCUUUUUUUAAGUUUCCUACAGGCUUCGUAGUCGACUACAUGCAUGCUGUGUGUUCAGGGUUUGUGAAGUACACGACAUGCAUGUGGUUCGACUGCAAGUCAGCGUUCCCAUUUAGCAUGGGAGGUAAGAUCUCUGUCGUUGACAGUAGGUUGCUGAGCCUUCAACCAAUUCAUGAGAUGUCAAGGCUCCCUCGUUCUUUGGUGCACAGGCGGUACUGGAAGUCCUCGGAAUGGCGCAAUUGGUUGCUGUAUUUUUCUCCAGUUGUUCUUAGGGGACUUCUUCCACCUGUGUACUACAAGAACUGGGUACAGUUUGUUUAUUUAAUGCAUUUUCUUUUGAAGGAAUCCAUACCUUUAGAUGAGCUUCGAAGUGUUGCGAAACAAAUGAAACUUUUUCUAAAAGAAUAUGAAAAACUGUAUGGCAAAGAACACAUCACAUACAAUGCACACCUUCUUUUGCCUCUUGUUGACUCUGUAAGAGAAUGGGGUCCGUUGUGGAACUAUUCAGCCUAUUCAUUUGAAAACAUGAACGGUUCCAUUGUCAAGCUUGUCAACGGUACACGGUAUGCACACUGGCAGAUUGUGGAGAAGUACCUUAUUAUGUCAGCUCUGCCAAAGCUAUGUAGCCGUAGCACUUUUUUUUCUCAAUCGUCUGCUGGUCAUUUAAUGACAACAUUGAUCAAACACUAUAAGUUGAAGAAAUUCUGUACAUGCCUGUCUGGCUGUGUCUUUUAUGGCAAAUCUGAGGUAUCUCCUGAAGGCAUCUCCUUCAGUAAGGUUAGAAUGAACGGAGUCCUGUUUUGUGUUGAGCGGCUGGACAAGUCUCGUCGGCUGAACUCUUACGUAGAGGCAGUGUGUGAUGAUGGAAGCCAUGUUUUGGGAAGAAUUGUGUCUAUUUUUUCGAGAACGCAGGGUUGUCACAUGUCUGAUCAAUCUGAAAGCUCUGUAUUAUUUUAUGUUCAGGAGCUGAGAUGUCAAUCGGUGCUUAUGGAUCUCCCUAUGAUGACCAGAAACUUUUCUUGCGUGCAAUUGACCAAUCGUGUUGUGAAGGCAAAUGCAUUCUCAGCCAAGAAGUGUGUUGCCCUUAAAGUCGAAGGAAGUCUGUUUUUAUGUUGUGUUGAUCAGACAUACAUGUUUGAGGCUGUUUAA